AGUAUGUCUGCAGUGAAACCGAAUAUAAAGAUAACAAAGAAUUCCUCUAAUAAAGUUGCCACAGUUGAUUUCAAACAACUUCCUGCCUACCAGUUUCGACAUGUUAACUGGAGUGAUCUUAAAAACAUGGAAAUAACAGGGCCUCGUCUUAAAGGUCCCAGAAUUCGUGCUACACCCUCUCUGAAAGACAAGGAGUUUGAUUCGAUUCCAGAGAGUAGUGCUAACUACCAGCCCCAUAUUUAUAACUUUAGCAGCCAGCAGGAGAAACGUGCUGCAACCAGGGAAGUAAAGGAAGUCAACAGUAUCAAAAGUAGAAUUGAAAACUGGGAGAACGUUUCCAAAGUUAACUUAUCAUAUCAAGAGCUUGGUGGACAAUUUCAAAGUAGAAUGUUAAAUACCACCUUGAAAAAGCUGAUAAGGUGUGAAACUUUGAUUCUUGUUGACAACAGGUUAAGUGAUCUCAGUGAAUUCACAUCCAUGUGUAAAGAGAUGAAUCUGUCCCUGAAUGUGUUUGUAUCCUGUUCCAAGCUACCAGUCUGCCCUCAAUUAAAAAUACUGAAUUUAACUGGUAACAAGAUUUCCACCAUUAAAGACAUUUCAAGGUUUGGUUGUGUUGAAGUGCUGAAGUUGAGAAAUAAUCCUCUAGUUUGGACUGUUCCUGAGUACCGAAAGCUGCUCUUUAAAAUGGUGCCCAGUCUGCACUUUAUCGAUGGAGUAACCAGAGAAGACUUGGAAAGGCGUAAGAGGCACUUGAGUCGAGUGAACUGUGAUAAAUUGUAUUAGUGUGUUCAGUGUUUGAAAAUUGAAAGACAAUGCAUUAAAUUAGAUUAGUGUAUUGAUAACCUGCUGGAGAUUGCAGUUGAACAAUUUUGAUCCUUACAAUUUUUACUAAUUGUUACAUAUGAUUUGACAUAUUGUCUAAAUUUGGAAAUAAUUUGAGCAUUCCUUUGACAAGUUAUUGUUUAUUUAGAUCUCCUUGUGUUUAGUAUUCUUAUUUCUUGUUCAUGUUUUUAACACUGAAACCUUUGUAGAAUUAAUACCCAGUCGAACAAUUACUGAAAAUAAAAAUAAAGAGUUAAACUGUACUGUUUAUGUAACGUUGACACUGAUUGUAUGAUAUCUGAUUAAUGAAAUUAGUAUAGAUGAUCAUGGGGAGGUGGUGCAAAUUUGUUUUGUUCUCGGACACUGUUUUACCUACUAGAUUGUAGAAUCUAAUUUGCACCAUCAGUCCAUGUUUAACCAUUGCUGAUCUUCUAUUGUAGAGCGUGA